AUGACAUCACUACAUGAGCUUACUUCACAAGAAAAAAUAGAAUUAGGUUUUGAUAAUAAAGAUGGUAAUGAUUUAUCUCAACGUAAAUUAGCUGCAGAAUAUAAUAUUUCACUUGGUUCUGUAUCAAAUGUAUUAAAACCUAAACCAUAUCUUGUAUCUGAAAAUUUUUCAACUAAAAAACGUUUAAAUAAAAAUAAAUGA